CCGUGUCCCUUCUUGGGCUUCGGAGGGGCCUCCGCGAGUGUGAGUGGAAGGCACUGGGCGUCCGUCCCCGGAUCACAGCUGCUUACACUGCCCUGCACCUGGCCCCCACCUGGAGAGGCCGGCACAAGCUUGACCAGGAGUUAGAGGAGAGUAGGAGCGACAGCCCCAGGAGACGUGGGACGGCAGCUUGUGGGAGGGCAGAUGUGGUGGUGGAUCUGAUCAAAAAUUUUCCUUUCGACUUUGGAAAGAGAGGAUAGAGAAGCCUCCAUCAUUCUGGAGGCGGCUUCUCCGGGGGAGCUUUUGAGUCACUCCCAGCCCCUUCCAACAUAGAUGACGGGGUGACUUUUCUGUUGCCUCAAGGAUAAUUUUGAGUUGCGGGGGGGGGGGGGGGAGCAAUGCCCUAAUUCCGCUUCUUCCACUCUGUUCCACUCCAUCAAUUCCCCAGACCUAACACGCAAACUCCUCCUUUGUUCUUAAGUUGCAGGUUCAAACGUACUACAGCAUCUGCUCUUAAUUCAACACUAACGUCCAUCCCCAGCUUCCCUGGAAACAUGGAGUCUCCAUCUAGUAGUUCCUUCUAUUCCUCUUCCUCCCUCUCUUCUUCCUCUUCCCCCUCGGAGGUGGACAGUGCCCUCAGCGACUUUGGCUUUUCCUCAGAUAGUGAGGGGGAGUGCAGGGGGGCUCACGGGUCCAGGUCAGAGGCUGGUUGGCAGAGGGGAAGUCAGCGGCCAGGACCUCUUCGAUGUUGCCGUCGGCCCCUGAGUUCCAGUGGUCAUCAGGUUUCAUCUUGCCUAGAAGGACCUGGCUUCGCUUCCCCCAUGGCUGGUUCAGGAAUGAAAAGAUCAAGAGACAGUGAGGAGGAGACUUGUCUCAACACCCAGAACCUUAGUACAGAAGGAGAUCGGCUCUUUGCUCAGAAGUGUAAAGAGCUCCAAGGAUUCAUUCGCCCCCUCACAGACCUGUUGAAUGGGCUGAAGAUGGGCCGCUAUGAGAGAGGAUUAAGUAGUUUUCAACAGAGUGUGGCAAUGGACAGGAUUCAGCGUAUUGUAGGUGUCCUACAGAAGCCCGAGAUGGGUGAGCGUUAUCUAGGGACCUUGCUACAAGUAGAGAGUAUGUUGAAGACCUGGUUCCCUCACAUAGCUUCCCAGAGGUCACCCUCAGAAGAUGGGAAGCACAGGUUUCAAUCUAAGCGCUUGGCCAGCAGCCAGACCUACCCAACUGGUCCCUUAGCUCAUCUCCCCAGAAAGGAGUUAAACCAGAUUCAACUAAGACAGCAGGAUCAAGGAAAAGAGAAGUUGCAUUCUCAAGAACAAGAGUUGCCCCACCUCCUCCCAGAAUGGCCAGCCAUGAACUUGACAUGGAUCCAUACAUCCCCUAUUUGCAACCCACCUCUCAGUUCCCUUGGCUCAGCUACCUUCAGCCAUGGUCUUCUGGGUCCUGGGGCCAGAUUUGGGGUUAUCCUCUUCCUUCAGCAUGGAGCACAAUCUUUUGCCUAUUCAGCGCCCACCACUCCUGUCCGUGAUGCUACAGUGUCUCCUGUUGUCUGUGAUGGUCCUAAGAACCUCCCUGAAGAAGGGCCUCGUUGCUACAGUUUGCCAGUUUCUCUAGCAUCCACCCCACUGACCUCAGAAUGGAGCCGUGCCCUAUCUUCACCCUGUUUACCCACUGCAGCUAGGGAGAUGACAACUAUAAUGGAUGAAAAACAGGCGCUUCAUUUCUGCUGAUGUCCCAUUCUCCCCAUCCCAACUAUAGGACUAUCCUCUCUGCUCUGGUUUUUAUUUUAUGUGUGUUUUUUUAUUUUAUUUUUUGAAGUGUGUAUAUUUGUGCUGAGGGGAUAGAAACCCUCUCUGAUUAAAGUAAUUUUACACCUGAA